UUAUUUGGAGUUUGUCUUAAGUUCUGUCUGAUAAUGGAGUUUGUUGAUCAGCUCUGUUUGUUUUAGGGUUUGAAGGAGUAGAAGAACAAAAAGGAGGAAAAGAUUCAGUAAGAGGUGAAGUAAUUGAAUGGCGGUACAUUAUCGAUGUUGCGAGUCUGGUUUCUUUAUUCACAUAGCGGUAAUAUUCUUUCUGGUUAUGUUCGCUGGAUUGAUGUCUGGUCUCACGUUGGGUCUCAUGUCCAUGAGUAUUGUUGAUCUUGAAGUUCUUGCUAAAUCUGGUACUCCGAAGGAUCGUAAACACGCUGCAAAGAUAUUGCCAGUUGUUAGGAAACAGCAUCUAUUGCUUUGCACCCUUCUUAUUUGCAAUGCCGCUUCUAUGGAGGCACUUCCCAUUUUUCUUGAUGGUUUGAUUUCGGCUUGGGGUGCUAUACUGAUCUCGGUGACCUUGAUACUUCUGUUUGGUGAGAUUAUUCCACAAUCUGUUUGUUCUCGGCAUGGUUUGGCAAUUGGUGCAACAGUGGCUCCAUUUGUUCGCGUGCUUGUUUGGAUCUGCUAUCCCGUGGCUUAUCCAAUUAGCAAGCUAUUAGACUACCUUUUAGGGGAGGGACAUGUGGCUCUUUUCCGCAGAGCUGAGUUGAAAACUCUUGUUGAUAUGCAUGGUAAUGAGGCUGGGAAAGGUGGUGAGCUGACGCAUGAUGAAACAACAAUCAUUGCUGGAGCACUUGAGCUCACAACGAAAACAGCCAGGGAUGCCAUGACUCCAAUAGCAGAAACUUUUGCCAUUGACAUCAAUGCCAAACUGGACAGGGAUUUGAUGAAGUUAAUUUUGGAGAAAGGGCAUAGCAGGGUACCAGUUUUUUAUGAGCAGCCUGUAAACAUAAUUGGACUAAUUCUGGUGAAGAAUCUAUUAACCAUCCAUCCUGCAGAUGAAGUACCUGUUAAGAAUGUCACUAUCCGCAAGAUUCCAAAGGUUCCAGAGAACCUGCCUCUAUAUGAUAUCCUGAAUGAGUUUCAGAAAGGUCACAGCCACAUGGCUGUUGUCAUGUGGCAUCGUGACAACAUGGUGGAGCAGCCUACCAGCAAGAGCCCAAACAAUAGUAAGUACAUAGGAAACUCUGGACUGCUAGUUGUUCUAGACUUCCAGCUACCUAACUCUUGUGGAGAAUUGUAUAGUGUUUAUUAUGAGACUUAUUUUUAUGACACAGAUCCUGAAGUUAGGGUGGACAUUGAUGGCGAAAAGCAUCCUCUAGAGAAAAAGAUGAGCAAAAGACAACUCCAGAAGUGGAAAAGCUUUCCCGCGAGUGGAAAUAAUUCAUAUACCCCAAGGAGUAAGAAAUGGACAAGAGACAUCAAUGCAGAUGUCUUGCAGAUUGAUGACAACCCACUCCCUAAGCUUAACGAGGAAGAGGAAGCUGUUGGUAUAAUAACAAUGGAAGAUGUCAUAGAAGAGCUCUUACAGGAGGAGAUAUUUGAUGAGACGGACCAUCAUGAUGAUGAUUCAUGACAUUAUUCUUGCAAUCUGUAUAGUCUCUACAGUGAGAAAAAGACUGUUGAGAUAGGAAAAGGAAGUCCGGCUUUCAUUUGUAAGUGGAGAGUGAAGGUUUAAAAUUCAUUCAAAUGAAAUGUUA